AUGUAUUUGUGUGGAAAAGGCAUUUGUUUUCACCUUCCGGUUGAAGCUUCUAAAUUCUGCUUGAAGGGAGCGCAAUGUAGCCAGCUGACAGCGGAAGACUUUCGUAUUGAUUACAGCGAAAACGCAUUAUUGACGGUUGCUGCGGCAGACCUGACGAGCCUCCAUGAGAAUCUUGGCCUUUGGUAUCCACGAGCCACUAUGCCGUGA